GCUGAGAAACAUACUGUCAUCGGUGUCUUAGGUGGCUGUUGUGUCCCUGAGAGCCAGUGGCCUUUGACCCCUGAAGCCACUGUGCCUGAAGCCAAAAAUGAAGAACACAGGUGCAAGGCACAGCCUGCAGCUGUGCAAAAUGCUAAAGCCUAGUUUCCAAAGAGGAUCUCAGUCCAAUAAACUUCAGUCAUACACUUUGAGUCACAUUCACCAGUUUAAAUUCUGUGUUACAAGAAUUUGGUUUUAAUAUUUCAUGUGGCAAAUACAGGCUUAGGUUUGGGAUUAAUAAAAACAAGGAUGGUGAUUUCCAUCCUCCUCUGYUGAGGAUUUUUUUUUUAAAGCCUGAAUUCUCCCCUGUGAGGAUGGUGAGGCCCUGGCACAGAUUGCCCAGAGCAGCUGUGGCUGCCCCAUGCCUGGAAGUGUCCAAGGCCGGGUUGGACRGGUCUUGAAGCACUCUGGGAUAGUAGAARGUGUUCCUGCCCAUGGCAGGAGUUUGGAAUGGGAUGGUCUUUAAGAUCCCUUCCAGCCCAAACCAUUCCAUGGUCCUUUGAUUCUGUGUUUAAUAUGCCACUUCCCUUUUAAAUGAACUGGUUACAUGUCUUCUAAGCACACUGUUGGAUUUGCUACCAGAAUUACCCUUGAGUAACUCAGUUACUCUGUACCUCUGUUACUCAAGUUCUGAUGUUUCCAGAGCAUGGCAAUAAGGAAAUGGAAAUCCAUGCAAAUUCAAGUGUUCUGUCUCCUGUGCAGAUAAGUUCAAUUUUUUUUUUUGACUGAUGGGCCUAGUUUCGUUUCAUUUGUGCUCUGAGCUGAUCAUAUGUGUCCCAAAAAGCAGAGUAAAUGCUGUAUUAAAUGUUGCAUCUGGUCAUUAAACACUGGCUAUUAUUGGGUUAUAUUAGUGUUAAACCAAUACUGAUGUGGGAUACAGUUAAUGGUACAUUGGGAUGCAUGUUAAUGUUCAUUAACGUCCCACCUGCAUUAUAAAUGUUGCUUUAAGCUUGGACAGCUCAGAGCAUAUUUCCUUAUAACAUGACUUUAAAUUUCAAUGCUAAACAGUGGCCUAUUCAGGACUCCUCUUAUCAAAUCUACUGGCUUUGGUGAUGGCAGGUCUGCUACCUACUAACUUGGGGUUAAAGGGACUAAAAGCAGCCCAAUAUUUUACCUUGGUCAUUGAUGAAUUGAGAGUUUCUGAUUGAGGAAAGAGAUCUUUGCCUAGAAAUAUUGGAAAGAGUAAAUAUUUUUGCAGUGUCAGCUAUUGAUAAUUGUACGUUUAUUCUUUCUUUCUGUUGCAGGAGCUUUUAUGCGGAAAUGAACAUUUAUGUGAAGCAGCUGGGCAGAAGGAUUUUCAGUCGUGAGCACGGAUCAAACAAAAAGCUGGCGGCACAGUCCUGUGCCCUUUCCCUGGUCAGACAGCUCUACCACCUGGGUGUCAUUGAGCCUUAUUCUGGGCAGACCAAGAAGAAAGGAGAAUCGUUGGAAGCCUAUGAGGUGUCACUGUCUUCUGACUUAGAAAAUCAUCUGCGGAAGACUGUUCGGGAACUGUCCCUGGAGAUCGUGCCUGCGCCUCAAGAUCCCAGUAAUCCAGUUCUGAUCAGUGUUGGAAAGUUGGCUCAUUUUGAACCAUCGCAGAGACAAAGUCAUAUGGGAGUUGUUCCCUGGUCACCACCUCAUUCCAACUGGAACCCUUGGACUGGYUGCAAUAUUGAUGAGGGUCCUCUGGCAAAUCUCACUCCGGAGCAAAUAAGCAUGCAUCUGAAAAGUGAUUUCGUGUACCGUCUGGAGCAGGAUCGGGAAUUACAGMGGAUCCACGAAGAGAGAGCGGCCCUACCACUGAAGAAUUUUGAAAGUGAAAUUCUGGACACAGUCCGUCACAAUUCUGUUGUUGUCAUCCGUGGUGCCACCGGUUGUGGCAAAACCACCCAAGUGCCCCAGUACAUCCUGGACGAAUACAUCAGAACCAACCGAGCUGCUGAGUGCAACAUAGUGGUGACACAGCCCCGGCGGAUCAGCGCAGUUUCUGUAGCGGAGCGUGUGUCCUAUGAGAGGGGAGAAGARCCUGGGCAGAGCUGUGGGUACAGCGUGCGGUUCGAAUCCGUGCUCCCUCGGCCGCAUGCCAGCAUCAUGUUCUGCACUGUAGGUGUUCUUCUGAGAAAGGUGGAGACUGGGAUCCGUGGCAUUAGUCAUGUUAUUGUUGAUGAGAUCCAUGAGAGAGACAUUAAUACUGACUUCCUUUUGGUGGUACUGAGGGAUGUUAUUCAGGCAUAUCCUGAAAUCAGGGUUGUCCUCAUGUCUGCCACCAUUGAUACCAGUAUGUUCUGUGAAUACUUCUUCAACUGUCCCAUCAUCGAGGUCUACGGGAGAACCUUUCCUGUCCAAGAUUAUUUUCUGGAAGACUGUAUUCAAAUGACUCAGUUUGUCCCUCCACCAAAGGAAAAGAAGAAGAAAGAGAAGGAUGAAGAAAGUGGUGAAGAUGAUGAUGCCAACUGCAACCUUAUUUGCAGCGAUGAAUAUGGCCCAGAAACAAAGUACUCCAUGGCUCAGCUGAACGAAAGAGAAACUUCUUUUGAACUGAUUGAGGCCCUGCUGAUUUAUAUCAGGACUCUGAAAGUCCCAGGAGCUGUCCUUGUUUUCUUGCCUGGCUGGAACUUAAUCUAUACCAUGCAGAAGCAUCUAGAAAUGAACCCACGCUUUGGAGGCCAUCAGUACAGGAUUCUACCUCUGCAUUCCCAGGUUCCUCUGGAGGAGCAGCGUCGAGUGUUUGAUCCUGUGCCUCCUGGAGUGACCAAAGUUAUUUUAUCUACCAGUAUUGCSGAGACCAGCAUCACCAUCAAUGAUGUGGUCUUUGUUAUCGACUCCUGCAAGCAAAAGGUGAAGCUGUUCACUGCUCACAACAACAUGACAAACUAUGCCACGGUCUGGGCAUCAAAAACCAAUUUGGAGCAGCGGAAAGGCAGAGCCGGGCGCGUGCGAGCUGGGUUCUGUUUCCGUUUGUGCAGCAGAGCUCGCUUUGAGAGACUUCAGACUCACAUGACGCCUGAAAUGUUUCGAACUCCACUUCAUGAAAUUGCUUUGAGCAUCAAACUGCUGCGACUGGGAGGGAUUGGGCAAUUCUUGGCCAAAGCCAUCGAGCCACCCCCCCUGGACGCGGUGAUUGAAGCGGAACGCACACUGAGAGAGCUUGAUGCCCUGGAUUCCAACGAUGAGUUGACACCUCUUGGAAGAAUCCUGGCCAAACUUCCCAUUGAACCUCGUCUGGGCAAGAUGAUGAUCAUGGGCUGUAUUUUUUAUGUGGGAGAUGCUGUUUGUACCAUCUCUGCAGCCACCUGUUUCCCUGAACCUUUCAUCAAUGAAGGCAAACGCCUGGGUUAUGUCCACAGGAAUUUUGCUGGGACCAGGUAUUCGGAUCAUGUAGCUUUGCUCUCUGUCUUCCAAGCCUGGGAUGAUGCAAGAAUGGGUGGUGAAGAAGCAGAGAAAAGAUUUUGUGAACACAAAAGACUCAGCAUGGCCACUCUUAGAAUGACCUGGGAAGCAAAAGUCCAGCUGAAAGACAUACUUAUUAGUUCUGGCUUUCCUAAAGAAUGUUUGAUGACUCAACCAUUUAACAACACUGGUCCUGAUAACAACCUGGAUGUUGUAAUAUCCCUGCUGGCUUUUGGGGUGUACCCCAACGUCUGCUACCACAAGGAGAAGAGGAAAAUUCUUACUACUGAGGGGCACAAUGCUCUCAUCCACAAAUCAUCUGUCAACUGCCCUUUCAGCAGCCAGGAYAUCAAGUAUCCAUCACCCUUCUUUGUUUUUGGAGAGAAGAUUCGAACACGAGCCAUCUCUGCCAAAACCAUGACCUUGGUGAGCCCGCUGCAGCUGCUCCUCUUUGCCUCCAAGAAAGUCCUGUCAGAUGGGGAGCUCAUUCUGGUAGAUGACUGGAUCAAGCUGAAGAUGCCGCACGUGGCGGCCGCCUGUAUCACCGCUCUGCGUGCCGCCAUGGAGGCCCUCGUGGUGGAAGUGACCAAAGAUCCCUCGAUUGUCCAGCAGCUGGACCCCGCGCACGAGCGGAUGCUGAACGUGAUCCGGCAGCUGUCUCGGCCGGCGGCUGCAGGGAUGGUGCUCACGGCUGCCAGCACCAGGUUUGGGGAUGGCCCCCGCCCGCCCAAGAUGGCUCGCUAUGACAACGGCGGUGGCAGCUGGGGCUGGGGAGGUCACGCACGUGGCUCCAGCCACAGGGGCAGAGGCUACGGUGGCUACGGCUACUCCGGCUGGCACUCGGCGGGAAGAGAAUACCCAGGUAGUCCCAGGGGAGGCUACGGAGGUGGGGGCGGCUACCGAGGAGGAGCAGGAGGAGGAUAUCGAGGAGGCGGCAGCUACCGAGGAGGCUACAGGGACAUGGGCAGGGGCGGGUGGUAGUGAURGAAGGUCAGUGAAGUCUUUCCACUUCAACAAAAGUGCAUUUCCUUCCUAAGUUCCUUUCUUCCUCUCAGUUUGUUUGCCUUUUUGGUUCCUUAGUACAAGUACAGCUCUGUAAUAUAUCAUGCUCUUAGGGAAUUUCUUGCAAGUUGUAUGAUUUUAUUCUUAAUAAAGAGUUUGUUUCUAAAGACUUA